AUGAUUGGAGUUGAUUGUAUAAGAAGGGAUGAUUGUCAUCCGGGAAAUAAUUUAAUAAAUGGGUUGAGUAAAAAUUCAAACAAAGUAUAUCUAAGUUUAACUGAUUUCAAAUUUUAUAAAAAUGAAAAAAGAGAAAUAGUAAAUAUAGAUUUAUCACCAUGUAAGUCAUAUAUGAGUAUAUGUGAUUCUUUUGGAAUUAUAUAUAUAUAUAAAUUUUAUGGAAAGAAUUUUGUUUUUUUAUUAAAAGCAAAUUUAUUUGAUAAUAAAGGGACUAUAAAAUCGAUUGUGUGGAUAAGUAAAAAAAAUAAAAAAAAAUCACAUAUAUAUUUAUAUAAUGAAUUAGAAGAUUAUUUAUUAAUUAUUACUACAAUAUCAGGAUGUAUACACAUAUAUGAUUUAAAACUUAAAAUGAUUAUUCAUACCACUCAUACUAGUGGUAGUAUAAGUUCUUGUAAAUUAAAUAAUUCAUUACAAAACAUUGGAUUAACUAGUUUAAAUGGUUACUUUUAUUUUUAUAACUUAUAUAAAAAUGAAGAUAAUAUAAUAUACAAUUGUUUUGACAAAUUUUAUGAGGAAAAUGAAAAAGAUAACACCACAUUUUCACACGAUGAAUACGGAAGAAAUGAUAAUAAUUUUGAAAAUAUAGAUAUUAAAAUGUCAACAAAUUUUUCUACAUACUUAUUAGAGGAUGUAGAAAAGGAUGAGUCAGAUGAAGAAGCAAUUAUUCAAAGUUCCAAAGAAUAUUCCAAUAAUUUAACUAAUGAUUUUUUUUCAAAACAAAUCAAACAAAAAGAGAACCAUGAGGAUGACCUCUUUAAUAUUUAUAUUAAAAAUAAAUUUAAAUCUAAAGAAAAGUUAACUUGCUUUUAUUUUGUUGACAUAUUAAAAUCUAGAAAAUCUCUUUUGAGAAAGUUUAACCACAAACAUGUCAAUAAAAAGAGACGGACAACGGAACUUGACUUGCCCAAAGACGACAACGAAGUUGGAAGUGAUGCUGACGACGAAGUUGCUAGUCAAAGUGAUGAUGAACCUGCUAGCCAAAGUGAUAACGACACAGAUACCGGCAUAUCUAAAAGUAGGAAGAGAAAAAGAAGCAAGCAAACAAACCUACAUAACGACGUUUUAUCGAUCGAAAAGGCAUAUAGUAAUUAUAAACAUUAUGCACUAAUAGGAAGUGAAAACUCUAAAAUAUAUAAAUAUAAUAUAGUUAGUAAAGAAUGUGAAGGUGAAUAUAUAGGAAUAAAUAAAGAGUCUAUAAUUUGGGAUGUUAUAUAUAUAUAUAGUACUAAUGAAGUUGCAUCAGUAGAUAAUAAUGGAUCUCUCAUUAUUUUCGAUUAUAAAUCUUACUCUGUAAAAUACCAUUUUAAUAAUCAUACAUACAAAGCAACAUCACUAACAAAAAAUAUUAAUGAGACUAAUUUAUAUACAGCAGGAGUUGAUAGAUCUGUUAUAAAAUAUGAAUUAAGUUUUAAUAAAAGUCAAGCAGAUAUAUACAACUAUACAAGCGAUGAAAGUAGUGACAGUGAAGAGGAAGAGGAAGAAAAUGUAGUACUUGAUAAAAACCUCUUUUUUAUUAGCAAAAUUAAAAAAAUGAAAAAAUUAAAUAAAAAAUGGAUAUACACAAAUAAACAUUCUAUCCAUAUGUCUGAUAUUAAAAAAAUUAUUUAUCUUGAAAAUAAUAUAGUAAUAACAAUUAGUGACGAUUUAACAUAUUGUUUAUAUGAUACAUAUAAAAAUGCUAAAAAAUAUUUUCUCAUAAAUUAUUAUUAUGAAAAUAAUAAUAUAUUAUUUUCCCCUAAUUUUAAAACUCUAUUUUGUAUAUACUCUAACCAAAUCAGCAUUCACUAUAGCAUCCAUGGUGUCUCUCAAGCUGACACUUCAAAAGUGAAAAGCAAAGAGCUCGAGGAUGGAAGCGCCAACACGUCCAGUAAAGAAGAGGAAGAAGAGGAAGAAGAUGAAGAAAGCGAGGGUGAGAAAAACGGCGUUAGCAAAGUUCCUGUAAAUUUCCUAACCCAAAUAAAUGAAGGUAACUACAACUUAAUAGCCAACAUUGUUUAUGAGCAAAAUGAGCGUAUACUAGAAUAUGGGAUGAAUAAUAGUUUUACAAAAUUUGCAUGCAUAACAAAUAUAAAAUUUUGUAUUUACUACUUCAAUAUCAACACGUUAGAAUUGUAUAAUUAUGAUGUAUCCGCAUUAAACUUUUACAAAGUCUAUAGUUUUAUGUUUUUGGAUGAUAAUCAAAUUGUUGUUUCAUUUAUUCGACGUUGUAAAGGAAGAAAAAAUGAAAAAGCAGAUGAAGGAGAAACUGAAGGGAAAGAAAAGAUGAACAUAAAUAAAAGAAAUCCAAAUGAAAGUUUAAAAUAUUUUGAAAACAGUUUUAGUUAUCAUUUAUGUAUUUACAAUAUUGAAAAAAAAAAAAUAAUAGAAGAAAUUGAAGUAGAUAGAGUAUUUAAUAGUUUUAAAAAUUGUAAUAAAAAAUUAAUAAUAUGUUCUGAUAAUAUGAAAAAUAUAUAUUUAUUUUUUAAAGAUUCAAAAUAUUAUUUAAAUAAUUUUACAAUAAUAGAUGACUUUAAUACAAGUUUACAAAAUGUAUAUAGGAGUUAUAUUUUCCUUUCUUUAGUUGAACAAUUUUUAUUUAUUUUUUCAAGUAACAAUACAAUUUAUGUUUAUGCAAUAAAUCAUGAAAAUAAAAAUAUAUAUUUUUUAAAAAAUGUAAAAAUAAAUAAUUGUGUAUUUAGUCAAAUGAGUCAAAUCCUAUUCUUAAAUUUAAAUCAAAUUUCAAAAAAAUAUAAUCACAUCCAUAACGAUGAAUCUUAUAUUGAUAUGCAAAAUAUUAUGUCUUUAAAAUAUAGCUACUGUUUAAUUUUUAAAGGUUAUAAUGCAUUAACAAUUAUGGGAUUAAAUUUAUUUGACAAUAUUUAUAUAGAUAUAGAAGAUUCCUAUUUAGCAAACCAAAUGAAAAAAAAUAAUAAUUAUUUUAGCCAAUAUUAUUUAUCUUCAUUAAAGUUUAAAUAUAACUAUCUUAAUUAUAAACAAAUUUAUUUUCAAGAUAAAAAAUUAUUUCAUAUGCUUUUAGAUAAAAUAAAUAUGUCUAAACAAGAUGAAAAAUAUGUUACAUCAUUUUCAAAUAAUGAAACAUCAAUUAUUACAAAUUCAAAGGAGUCUUACAAAAAUGUUAAAAACAUUAAUCAAAAUGAAAAUUCUUUAGAUUUAUCAUUUAAAUUUAUAGCAUGCAUACAUAAACGAAAUAUUUUAAAUAUGCAUUCUAUAUAUACUAGUGAAAACCGCAUUACACUUUUAGCUUGUGCUCCAACAGACUUAUCCACGACCCUUGUUAAUGUUGCAGACACGAAGAAAUACAUUAAAUAA